UCAUACCUGGAGAAGACUGGAACAUCGAUAUGAUUUCCGACUGGAAACAGUUAUCCAUCCUCAUACCGAAUCAACCCACUUUCAAACGCUAUCGUAUCAAAGUCGUGGCGUUCAAUCAGGUUGGUGAAGCCAACGUGGCAGCUCAAGAAGAUACCGGGUACUCUGGAGAAGAGCUGGAGAGGCACCGUCCAAUUUCACGUUGAACCAAAUUAUUGACGAACAAAGCGCCAUCCUUUCGUGGAAUCCAGUCAACACGGACUCUGUGCAAGGUCACUUCAAAGGUUAGAAAAUCGAAACGUGGACAGAGAAGGAAGGAGAAAUUCGGGCUCGUGAAAUGAUCAGCAACGCAUCGAAGGCGUUCGUCAACAAGUUGGUCAUUUGGCCGCAUACGGUCAAUCUCGUACACGUCAUUAACUCGGCUUACCGAGGUCCGGCCAGUGACAUUCUUUCAUUCAAGACGCCCGAAGAAAGGCCUGGACCAGUGGACUAUUUUGAAGCUGCUCCCCUUGGUUCCUCAGCUUUCUAUUUGAUCUGGAAGCAACCUGAAGAACCCAACGGCAAUCUGCGUGGUUAUAAGAUUUUUUACGAGAAAGUAGAAGGCACGAAAAUUGAACCCCAGAUCGAUAGGGAACCGCCAAUCCGAGACCCGACGCAGACGCGAGCCAAAUUGGCCGGUCUCGAACCCAACACGAAAUACCGCCUUCACAUUAAAGCUAUGACUAUCGCUGGCGAGGGUGAAGAGUAAGUU